AUGAAGGUCACACCGUCUAAGGUCAAAAAAUUCCUAGAGAAACCAGAUAUUUUAAGUGGUGUGUUAAUUCAUGGGAAUGAUAAUAGCAAAGUUGAUUUUUUUACGCAAGAAAUAGUUGCCAGUCUGAGUGAGUAUUCAGUUCAGAUGAUGGAUUUCGCAAUGGUGAAUAAGUCAACUGGUCUAUUAUUUUCUGAGUUGGCAAACAUUUCGAUGUCUACUAGUAAGAAGCUAAUUAAGCUAAUAAAUGUAACUGGGAAUAUAUCCAAAGAGUUAAAAAAUGUAUUGGAUUACAAUGCAGGCGGUCAUUAUGUAAUAAUGAUAGCAACUGAUCUUUCAUAUAAUCCCACAAUUAAAAGUUACAUAGAAAGCUCAAAAACUUUCGGCGUAAUUGCUUGUUACAAGAAUAGUGGUAGUAACCUUUACGAUAUUAUAUCAAGCUACUUGAAACGAAACGAUAUAAAAUAUACAAAUGAGAUAAUUUACCACUUACAGUCCUACUUCAAUUAUAGUAAUCUACCUAUACAUUCAGAACUUGAGAAAUUAGUUUUAUAUCUAGGAGAGAGAAAAGAUCUCAAACCAGCUGAUAUAGAGCUGUGUCUUUCAACUUUUAGCAAUGAUUAUGUUACACCUGAUAAUUUGUGUUCUGCUAUAGCAAACAAAGAUAUGGCAAAUUUCAUCAAAAUUUCCGAUACAUUGAUAUUACAAGAAAAUUUCUCACCAAUAGGACUAAUCCGUAUUAAUCCGCAUUAUUUCCUACUGCCAAUUCCACAUCUCUCUCCGUUAAUAAUACUUAUAAUAAAUUGUAGUCAGAGUUUUCAAGAAUUCUAG